AUUUGAGGUGGUCACAACAGGCAGCAAUGUCAUCUUAUCGCGUGAGUGAAGAAGCCCAGCUUGUAAUGGGCUUGCAUGCCGCCCAGUACCCCCAAUUCAGUGUGACCGGCCUUCUCGUUGGAAGGGAUUCCGGAAAUACCAUCGAGGUUCUGAAAGCGUUCCCUGUGUGCCAUCAGUCGCCGACGGCGCCACUCUUCGAAUUUGCGUCCACCUCCAUCGAAGUCGAAGCUGCAAAGCUCAAACUCAAGAUUGUCGGUCUGUACGUGGCGAACUCUCGUGUUGACGAUAGCUCGCUGGGUCCAGUGCACGCGCGGAUUGCAAGUACCGUGGAAGCGAACGCCACUCGCUCGUGUGUGUUGGUAUUGGACAACCAAGCCCUUGCAAGCGCCAAUCUGUGGCUCAAGGACAUCAAGCGGGGAUGGGUGCGUGUCGACAACCGCCUCGUGUACGAGGAUGAUGACGGCAAGUUGCUCGUGUCGUCGCUGGAAAAGAGAUCGCAGCUGGCGUCCAUCGCCGACGCCACCCUCCAAGUCGUAGACUUUGACGAGCACUUGGAGCAGUUGGCCAAGGAUUGGCGAAACCCCCAAGUAUUGGCUUUGGCUCGUUUGCAAGUGUAGUUAGUAGUCGUUCCUACGAUUCACUGUCUCCAGCCUGCUACUAGUACUACUACUACUACUACUACUAGUACUGUUCUGGCACGUUGUCACAUUUUUCAAACUUCGUCAAAAUACAGACGACAUG